AUGGAAGAUCGCGUUCGCGAAGUGUUGAGGUUGGCAGUUGGGAAUUUGAGCGUUCUUCUAUGCGAUCGCGUAAGGUUAGUCGCAUUCGCGAAGCUUUGGCAGCAGUGUUCAUCACGUUCACAUGGGGUGUAUCGCGAACGCGUAGAGUAUUUUUGUGGCAGUGUGAGUUUUAUUCAUCGCGAACGCGAUGGAUCUCCCGUGUUCGCGAAAGAGGAGGCCUCGGCAGAUUAUAAAGUAAUAGUCUUCAAAGAUGAAAUUGAUGAAUAUGUGAUUCUACAUUUGGGAGAAUAUAAGGGAAAGGGAUUUCAUGAUGUGUCUGAAGAUGAGUUCGAGCUUGAAAACUCAUUCAACAAGCUUGCGCAACGGUGGAAAAAUAUUCUUGCUGAGGACAAUAUUGAUAUAAAAAUCAACCAUGUUCUCGUUGAUACUCUUUAUGUCAUUGUCACAUCAACAUAUGGUUUGACUGCAUACUUGGAGAGAUUAUUGCAGUCACAAGCUAUAUUAGAUUUAGGUAAGCAGACCUACAUGCUUAACAAAAGGGUGCUUAAGAUCAACCAUAAGCACUCAAUUAUUAAGGAGCUUAGGUCGAGAGUAGUAAAGGAUCCAAAGGAUGACAAUGCAAAGGAGAUAGAAAAGAUUAUGUACGGCAUAGCUUCACUAACGAAUGGCUUGAAGCUUACUGACUUAGAUAGUGCUGCUUUCCAUCUGUACAACUUAGUUCAAAGUACUCUGAAAAGUUGCACUACAAUAAUAACGGAAGAAGCAUAA